AGGACAGGAACACAGGGGUAGAGGUGUGGGACAACAUAAUCUGUACACAAGUUCGGGGUCACAAAAGAUAAAUGACAACAGUUUCGGUCCUGUAUUCAACAGUUUUACCCAGAGUUUGGUGUUAAGUCACCUUCCGCAACCUCUAUUUCAGCCUCUAUAUGCACCGCCAAUUGCAAUAGAUCGAGGAAAGUGAUAAGCAUCGGCCUCAUGGUAACAGUGACUGACUGAAGUGUGAUUGUCAUGCCUGUCCCAGCCUGCUAUCUCAAUUAGGUAUCUACUGCUUAGGCAGGAACUGAUAUCAACUGCUGUGUUGUGUGGCGGUGUUGCGUGUGUGUCCGUACCAGGAAGUACAUUGUCCGCCAUUCAAGUGUAUCAGGGAUAAAUCCUCGGACUGGGUCUCACAGGAUUCCUCGGGCUGGGCGAACUCACGCAGCGGAGUCCUUAUACAGCUAUGUAAGCAUCUUCAUCCCGUCGUUGUGACCUGCCGUGAUGUUUGACGAGGACACACUUGAGAGAGAGCUGUCGUGUGGUGUAUGUCUGGAGCUGUACACGGACCCCCUGCAGCUCUCGUGUAUGCACACCUUCUGUAAGGGCUGCCUCAAGGCUUUACUGCAGAGCGGGGGAAAUAAGCGUGUUAAAUGUCCGGACUGUCGCAAGAACACUGAUCUUGGACGAGGAGGGACUGAGUCACUCAAACGCAAUUUCAAGUUGGCAAGCAUCGUUGAUAUCUAUCGACAAGCUGUUGAAAAACUAGCUGCAGAGAAGGAAGUCAACAAACAAGAAGAAAAGGCAAGGAAGUCAAGGACUGAGGAUCGCUCAAAGGAUUAUCAAUUCCUCAGUUCGCUGAUUCAGAAAACCUGUGAUGACACAGACGGCCCGUUUGAACCACACAUCAUUGACGAUCUGUGGGGCACGUUUAAAAGGACAGCGAGGCGAGGCAGUGUGCGUAACAGGCCACCGGCACCCUUACCCCCACGGUCUGAAACCAGCUCAAGGUCUCCCCAACCAGUACCACAAGCAGCGCGACCCCUACCAACCCCUCCCAAUCGUAAUCUUAGCACAAAUGACUCCCCAUCCAUGUCUUACCAAACCGGGGUAAGGCUAACCCCUGUCCCAUCCCCGCGACCACGUUCUCCGAUGCCACCUCCUCCUCCUCCCCCGCAACGUCUCAUUGACGACUCCCGAGCGACACCUAGUGCUCCUCCAUACUUUAGUCUUGCUGACGCCCACAGUUUUAAUCCAGGCGGGAACGACGUGUCGGACGUCAUAGGCGGUUUCUUUGACAUUGCUGCGUCUUUCAGCCCAUCGUUACCUCCAGUGCCACCAAGACGGUCAUUCCCUUCUCAACCAUCUGCAGUCAUCCAAAACAAGAAAAUGGAAAACCGCCCUCCUAUUCCAGUUCCUAGAGGCAAUGCUAAAGCACCCGCUCUUCCUCCAAGGGAAAAUAUGCCCGCUUUGAAAGCAAGGCCUGGCUGCCAACAGGAAAGUCGACGGCCGCCUCUUCCUCCACCUAAAUGACGAGCCCUGACAUUUGAACACAACAGCUAUUCUCCAUUAUUUAACAAAAAACAUAAUUGCUACAAUGAAGACAUGUUGUCAUGCGCAGUGGCAUCUCCUGUGACCAUAGCAGGCUAAACGGACAUUGAUUCACAAACCGUUUCACAUAGCAAGAAGUUCGGUCCCCGUGGGAGUCAUUGUAUAGCCGGGCCGAACUGAUUGUAUCAAUCGGUGGUAGCAAAGGCUCAUGUCCUUGCUUUGUUUUAUUUAUUAUACCUGCACGGUUUGUGAAUGUUAUGUGGCAAUGGUUACAAUUUCUUGGUAAAUGUUCCACAAAUGUCACCCCAUGCUACAUAGGGUUAAUGUAUUGUUUAUUGACGGGUUGACCGUGUCAUGGCCGUGUUAUGUACGUCUGUGACCGUACGGACCUAGAGAUUCCCACUGUAUUACAGGAAUAUGGUUUUACAAAGCAAAACCGGUUUGUGAUUCGGGAACGGUAUCUCUGCACAGCGGUUAAUCCCAACGUUCCAUUUUAGCUUCUACAUAGGACCAAGAUGUUGUGAGCCAUUCCAUGACGUGUCGUACGGACACCGCUCAACAUCAAAGGAUAUGACUGCAGGCAGGGGACAUGAUGUACAGACCAUACGGACACCUCUCAACAUCAAAGGAUGUGACUGCAGGCAGGGGACAUUGUGUACAGACCAUAUCCUCGCUUCGUUUAAACUAACAGCCUUUGACAGCUGCCAUGUAUAGUGAAACCCAGUUAAUCCAGACUCUGUUUAUCUGGACAACCUUACUCCUGACCUCCAGUGUCGGUAACAUUUAUACAGACACAAAUAGAUAGUUCCGUUCCCAGGAUCUUUUAAUCCAAAUAUACUGGGAAUGGUUUUGUCUGGAUUAACGGGGUUUAUUGUACAUUUACCGUUAUUAUUGUACAUCUACCGUUCACUGAACCAGGCUAGUGGUAUUUAUCUUGUUCAAUUCUAUACAGAGAGCUUCCACGACAAUCUGGAUUUAAAGGGCCUCUACCAUUUUCUCCCAUCGAACAGACAGGACUCUUGUCAGCAUGGUUUUAAACAUCAUCCAUUACCGAGAGAAUACAGUCUCUGCCUAAAGCGCCAUCUAUAUGUCUGGAGGACAACUCAUCCUGCUAGGUUCGGCAUGAAGCAUUCGCUACAAUGUUGGCUACUUUAUAUGUGAGACAAUUCUUUUUUUCUCGAGAAGAAAUGAUCUUUCCAAAAAAAAAUAAUUAUUCUUUAAUAAUUUCUAGUUUGUUGAGGAAUGUGUUUCAGGUACGAUGACGCUGUUAGUUAAAAAACAAUCCAUAGCCGAGUACAAAAGGCCAUGACAAACUAUUAUUCAUAAAAAAAAAUAGUUUCAAAAUGACCAAGUCACCAAGAUUUCUUGCUUCCUGUUUGCAUUGUUAAUAGGAAGACAGAGUUUAAAGUCGAUACAAACCCUAGCGACAUAGCCCACACUAUUAUACGAUUAUCAACAUCGUCACUAUCAAAUGAAAAUCUGUCGCAAAUUUGCUUGCCCCCUGUGAUAAUUACCACCUGUAUUUGUACAUGGGCCUCCAGUACAGGAAUAAAGAGUAUCAGCAACCACAGCGGCAUAGCCCACACUGUAAUGUGACCCGGGAGUCUUUCCCCAAAAAUCGAAACCAACUCUUGAAAAACGGGUCACAAUUGUUAAAACGGCAUUUUUUUUAAAAUGAACCACACGAUUAUGACAAACAUUUGUUCAACUUUUUGUGGCCUUGAUAAUGUACACCCGCGUUAUUUCCUGCACACGUAGGCGGAAGUAUGAUUGCUGGGGCAAAAAUACGAGGAUAAAGAACGUCAAAACGUAAUCAGAACAUUGCUGUUAUUUUUUUAUUUAGUUUCGUGUCGUAAUUGUAAUACGUCACGGACUGACUACCCACAUCUUCGACAGACAGACGUUUUUAAACACCAAAUUUGAUUUUACCUUACAAGAUUUAUGUGUCAAAAUAAUAAUUACUUACUAGUAUUAUAACGAGUUAACUUUUGAAUGUGGCUUUCCUUGUUUUUGUCUCGUCCAAGGAUGAAGCGUUUUCUUUCCUUUUCAAGGGUGGGAUAGUUUGUUCUUUUCCGUGAAAUCCCCCCCCCCCCUUUACCGUGGUUGUGGUAUCAGUUUAGCCGUGGCAAUACCCAGGGACCAAUCACAAGGCUUUGUUGACAUACCGUGUUUGAUUAUGUCAGCGAGUGUUGAGUCCGUGGUCUGCUUUGAUACCACGUUGUUUGCAAAUAAAUUAUGUUCAUAUUA